ACCCGCGUCCUCGUCCAUGUGAUGCUACAAGCUGCAGUCCGCGCGGCUCCUCCGUCAGGCUCGUGUGUGUUUGGGUGAAGGUGCAGGACGGGUUUUUGAGUUUUAGCGGACAAAACCGCGUCUAACAAACAUGGAGGCAGCCGACGAGUUCACGAAGUACCGCUCCCCGCUGGUGUCGAGGUACGCCAGCAAGGAAAUGGCCUUCAACUUCAGCGACAGGAAGAAGUUCACCACCUGGAGAAAGCUGUGGAUCUACCUGGCCAAGGCUGAGAAGGCUUUGGGUCUGCCCAUCACUGGCCAGAUUCAGGAGAUGGAGAGCCACGAGCUGGACAUCGACUUCGCCAUGGCGGCCGAGGAGGAGCGUAAACUCAGGCAUGACGUCAUGGCUCACGUCCACACCUUCGCACACUGCUGCCCCACUGCCGCUCCCAUCAUCCACCUCGGUGCCACCUCCUGCUACGUGGGAGACAAUACUGAUCUGAUUAUGCUGCGUGAUGGAUUUGACAUUGUCUUGCCUAAGCUGGCCAGAGUCAUUGACAGACUGGCAAACUUUGCAGAAAAGUACGCUGACCUCCCCACGCUCGGCUUCACGCACUACCAGCCCGCCCAGUUGACCACGGUGGGAAAGCGGGCGUGUCUGUGGCUGCAGGACUUGACCAUGGACAUGAGGAACCUGCAGCGAGCCCGCGAUGACCUGCGUUUCCGGGGGGUCAAGGGGACCACCGGCACUCAGGCCAGCUUCCUGCAGCUCUUCCAGGGGGACCAUGACAAGGUGGAAGAGCUUGACAGAUUGGUGACAGAGAUGGCGGGCUUCAAAAAAGCGUACCUGGUGACUGGACAGACAUACAGCCGUAAGGUGGACAUUGACUGUCUGUCCAGCUUGGCCAGUAUGGGAGCCACUGUUCACAAGAUCUGUACAGACAUCCGCCUGCUCGCCAACCUGAAGGAGAUUGAGGAGCCUUUUGAGAAAGAGCAGAUUGGUUCCAGUGCCAUGCCUUACAAGAGGAACCCCAUGCGUGCAGAGCGUUGCUGCAGCCUGGCCCGACACCUGGUGGCGCUGAUGGCCGACCCGCUGCAGACGGCGUCGGUCCAGUGGCUGGAGAGGACGCUGGACGACAGCGCCAACAGGAGGAUCUCUCUGCCCGAGUCCUUCCUGACAGCUGACAUCAUCCUCAGCACCCUGCAGAACAUCACAGAGGGUCUGGUCGUCUACCCCAAAGUCAUCGAGAGACACAUCCGCCAUGAGCUGCCCUUCAUGGCCACAGAGAACAUCAUCAUGGCCAUGGUGAAGGCUGGCGGGAACAGACAGGACUGCCACGAGAAGAUCCGUGUUCUGUCGCAGGAGGCAGCGGCCGUGGUCAAACAGGAGGGCGGGGAUAACGACCUGCUGACCAGAGUCCAGAGAGACCCGUACUUCGCCCCCAUUCUGGGGCAGCUGGACGCCAUACUGGACCCCAAGACCUUUAUCGGCCGCGCGCCCCAGCAGGUGACCAGGUUCCUGUCUGAGGAAGUUCGCCCCCUGCUGGAGCCGUACAAGGCUAAGAUGGAUGUCAAGAUUGAGCUUGAGCUCUAACGCAUGCACACACACACACACACACACACACACACACACACACACACACACACACACACACACACACACACACACACACACACACACACACACACACACACACACACAGAUACAAUGACAUGCACAUGAGCCAACAGCGCGAGACUUGAUCGUGGCGUGUUGCUGUGCUGAGCACCGCGCCUCAAUAAAUAACAAUCAGUGAAUUA